UUUCAUUCGGAACUAAUAAUAACAAACAAACUGAAAGUACAUUUAUAAAUAGGGAUUACAGGAAGAGAAGGUAAUAAAUGGCUGUAGAUCCUAAGAAAGCUUUGAUAAAGAACAGGGUAGCCAUUGUGCGAGACUUAGCUAAUGGAGAUGAUGUGGCUGAUUGCCUGUAUGCUAACAAAUUAUUUACUGAAGAUAUGAGAGAUUCUGUUCUGCAAGAACCUGAAAAAGAAAAGAAAAAUCGUUUAAUACUUGAUACACUUGGCCGCAGGGGACAAAAGGCAGCUAAAGGUCUUCAUGAUGCAUUCCUUGAUACUGAAAACAGUGAACUUGCAAAGCUACUGGCACCUUACAUUAAAGUUAUUGAAAGUGAGGAAAACAGAUACAGGCCCAAAGAAUGGCCUCCUAAUAGUGAAGAACAAGAUAAGAUGCAGAAAGAUUCAGUUAGAAGAAUAAAAGAUUUAAAGAGUCCAUCAUACAUUCAUGAGUACACAGAUGAAAAUGUGUACGAGAUCAGAAAUAAAACCAGAGGCAAAGUUUUUAUAAUAAAUAAUGUGGAAUUUCAAACAAAAAAAUUAAGUACAAGGCAGGGAUCUGAAAAGGAUGCUGAAAAUAUGAAGAGUCUGUUUACAGAAUUGCACUUUGAUGUUGUGCAGAAAGACAAUUUGACAGGACAGGACAUGUUAAAGUUUCUGAAAGAAGAGAGAAAUAAAGUGGAUUGGGAUACCAUGGAUUGUGUAAUACUAGUUGUAAUGAGUCAUGGUCAUACCACUGGCAUUUUUGGCACAGAUGGUCAAGAAAUUGAAUUAAAGAAAAUAACAGAAUUGUUUGAAUCAUCACAGUGCCCUGGACUUAAUGAAAAACCAAGACUUGUGUUUGUACAGGCAUGUCGUGGAGAAAAUAAAGAAUCAGAUCAUAUAGGCACUGGAGUCCAGGUGUCUGGGAGUGAUAGUGUUACCGAAGGAGUACAGGCCAUGUCUUUAGGUACAGAUCAGACAGAUGCAGUUGCACAGAUGCCAAAUGAAGAUUUGAAAGAAAAGAAAACUGUUCAUUCUGCUGCAGAUUUUUUGAUAGCUUAUGCUACACCUGAAGGUACUCCAGCUUACAGACAUAUACAUGUAGGUUCAUGGUUCUUAAAUGCAAUCGUAUGGACAUUCAAAUACCAUGCCCAUCAAGAGGAAAUUCAGCAUAUGCUAUUAAAAGUUAACGAAUUAGUGUCACAAGGAAGGACAAUGGCAGGAAAUUUGACUGUGUCAGAAAUAAAAAACAAUUUGAGGAAAAAGUUUUACUUCUUUCCAGGUGUAUAUGAUGAUCCACCUAAGUUUAUUGAUGGUUAGAACUGUAGAAAAUAAUGUAGUCUGACCUUUAACAGACGGAUCUCAAAAUGAAGACAAGAUUGACCUAAAUUGAUUGGUUAAAACAAAAAGCUCUUUUUAACAAAAAGUACAGUUUACUUACUAGAUAGCAAAUUUCAAAUGUACAUUAAAUUUACAACUUCAUUUGGACUAAGAGGAGCAAGAAUCUGAAUUUCAAAUGUAUACGGCUGUAGAAGAUGGGUCUGAAAUGAUGAUGGAAUACCUCAAAUAUAUGCAAUAUAAAUAGCACAAAUGGCUGUUUUUUUUAUAUUUUUAAUAGCUUUCUGUAUCAAUAUUUUUGUUAAAAAUUUCUUAAGUUUUAUUUAAUUUGAUAAAAGAUUUUGAAUAUAAAAUUGAUUGUGCACAUGCUUAAAAUCAGAUAAAUGCAAUUAUGUUAGUGCAAUGUUUUUAAAAAGACUGACUGCCUUUUGAAAUUUGAUACAGCUGCAUGUAAAAGAGGAUUUUAUAGUAUUUUCUUCUUUGUUUGUUAGUUAAAGUAUCUUUUUUUUAUUUUCAUAUUCCUGAUUUGUUUCAGCUAACAAUUGAUAUUUCAUUACAGUAUAAGUAUAUUUUUGUUUUGCGGAGGCUUACAAUGUCUCAUACGUCUUACAGUUAUGAGUCUUAAAUGGUUUUGAUAGUUUACCUUGCAUAUGAUAAUGUAUAUAAAAUUUUGACAAUAUAAUAAACUAAUUAUUUAUUUAA